AUGAUGAACACCUCAAAUAAUAAUUUGGCUUCUUCUCCCUCCCCUUCUGUGGCUGUCUCAGUGGAACCUCCCAAAACCAGAAGGCUCUAUCAAGUUUGGAAAGGAAACAAUAAAUUUCUUUUUGGUGGAAGAUUAGUCUUUGGGCAUGAUGCAAAUUCUCUUUUUUUGACAUCGUUCCUGAUCGGAGGUCCAGCAAUAAUAUUCUGCAUAAGAAUGCUAUUAAUAAUGAAUGAAGACGGCACUCUUUUUAACCAACUUGUAUUUACUGGAGGAGUGAUCCUCACAAUUUUGGAUUUUAUAUUUCUCUUCAUGACAUCUGGUAGAGAUCCAGGAAUUAUCCCCCGGAAUUCACAGCUACCUGAUUCAGAUGAAUCAGUUCACACUAAUACGGCAUCUAUGGAAUGGGUAAACAAUCGAACUCCUAACCUCAAACUACCUAGAGUGAAGGAUGUGAUAGUCAAUGGCCAUACAGUGAAAGUCAAGUUUUGCGAUACUUGCUUGCUCUAUCGUCCACCACGUGCUUCUCAUUGCUCCAUUUGUAAUAACUGUGUUCAGAAGUUCGAUCAUCAUUGCCCUUGGGUUGGUCAGUGUAUUGGAUCGCGUAACUAUCCGUUCUUCAUAAUGUUCAUAUCAUCAUCAACCGUGUUGUGCAUAUACGUUUUCUCGUUUUCUUGGGUUACCCUUCUUCAUCAAGAAGGUGGAUUGUGGGCAAACAUGUCACGCGAUGUCCUAUCGGUCACUCUCAUUGCAUAUUGCUUCAUAGCCGUUUGGUUUGUCGGUGGCCUAACAGUGUUCCAUCUUUACCUGAUUUCCACCAACCAGACAACUUAUGAGAAUUUCCGGUACCGCUAUGAUAAGAAGGAAAAUCCAUACACAAAAGGAAUAGUGGCAAACUUCAAAGAACUUUCUUGUUCCAAGAUUCCAAAACCACUGAUCAAUUUCCGACAAUGGGUUGCCGAAGAGGAGGAUAUUCUAGACGAAUCCUUUACUUCAGAUCUUGAAAAAGGUUUUAUAAGCUCAAAACAAAAGUUUGAUAUGGACAUGGGAUUAUAUGGAAAGGAUGGUAUGAAAGUUCCAGGUAUUUUACAGGAUUUGGAUUACAACGGCAUUGAUGAUCAACCGAAGAAAAAGGUAGGAGGAAAAGACGCUCCAUUUGAAAUUUUUGUUCCUGUCGAUCAAGAACAAAAAUUUGAUCAAUGGAGAUCUAAAAUUGGAGUCAAUGCUCAAGAUGUGAAGACAUAGCUCCUUCAAAUAGCAUUAUUGGUUCUUUAGACACUAAGAUCCAUUUGGCAUGCUGUUUUUGCUAUUGAAUGGGGUUGCUUGUGAAAAGGGUAAGGGUAGUGAAUUGAUUUAUAAUGGAAGUUGUAAAGGGAAACAAAUGGUAUGUCUCAAGGAAAACUCAGAUAUUCAUUUGUCAUUACUCGAAAUGGCGAAAAAGUUGACAAGUUACAAAAAUUGAGACAUGUUCACUUAUCAUUGAUGGACAUACAAAUGAGUGAAGGAACUGAAUUAAUGUAAAAUGCAUGUUCUUUCUGCUCUUUCUUAGCUUUAGUGUGGGUUGUAUAAGUCUUGCUUGAUCUGAAAUUCUAAUUGCGCCGUUAUUUUAGGUAAAAUGUCUUAUAUGUUACGUGCUUGCUCCCAAAAUUUUUGUGGAAAGCGCUUAGUAGAAGAUAUUAAAGUUUUAGAACUCCGACUGGGGAUCAUGCUUCUCUCCCUCAUUUGUUUUCUCUCCUUCUCAUUUUCCUCGUUUAAUGUCAUAUAUACACUGACAAA